CACCACAAAGAAAGGCCUGACGUCACUUGGCAGUCAGCGCUCACAAACGGCAGGACGGCAACGCCAGCAAGCCGCUCUUUCCUCUCCUCCUCGACGCAGUAAGGUACCUUGAUACCUCACGUUACCCCCUCCUUUCCCCCCUAAAUGUACGUAGCUGUUCUUUAGCGUUUCUGUGCCAAGGAAACUCGACAUAUCCAAAGUCGACGUCGACGUCUUAUCACAACCUCUCUACUGCUUGCAUGUGCUUCACAUCAGACCAUCUCGACUCCCACGCCCACGCCCUCAUAUACCUGGCUGCAUACCUUACGUAGACACUUCAUUUCGUGCUGAACUCAUCUUGAAUCACUCGAGUCUCGUCAACAUUCGAUGCCACCCAGAAUCAUCGUGAACCCUCUUCGUAACACCAUCAUCACCCGCCGAUCCCAUCUGCCCCGUCUAUCACACACCAUGACUCCCACCAAGGACCGCAAGGAGUCCAAGUUCUCUCACUUGCCUCUGAGCACCAGCGGACCCAUCAGCUGCGCCGUCACGGGCAGCGCGCUGCUGAACACCCCAUAUCUCAAUAAGGGAACGGCCUUCCCCGAGGAUGAGCGCCGCGAGUUCAACCUCACCGGUCUACUUCCCCAGAGCAUCCACUCCCUCGACCAGCAACUGCACCGCGCCUAUGAGCAGUACAAGAGCCGCCAGGAUGACCUUGCCAAGAAUACCUUUCUGACGUCGUUGAAGGAGCAGAAUGAGGUGCUGUACUAUCGGUUGCUGCAAGAACAUCUUCCAGAAAUGUUCAGCAUAGUGUACACGCCCACCGAGGGAGACGCCAUUCAGAACUUCUCCAGGCUUUUCAGAAGGCCUGAUGGCUGCUUUUUGAACAUUAAUGAUAUAGACCGUGUUUAUCACGAUCUCGCCCAGUGGGGACGACCAGGGGAUAUCGACUACAUUGUCGUUACCGAUGGAGAAGAAAUUCUGGGUAUCGGAGACCAAGGUGUCGGUGGUGUCUUGAUCUCCGUGGCCAAGCUCGUUCUCACAACUCUGUGCGCUGGCGUUCAUCCCAAUCGGACUUUGCCUGUGGUGCUCGACUGUGGUACCGAUAAUGAGGAGCUCUUAAACGAUGAUUUGUACCUGGGACUCCGACAGAAGCGUGUGCGAGGACACAAGUAUGACCGCUUCGUUGACGAGUUCGUCAAGGCUGCCAGGAGGCUGUAUCCCCGCGCUUACAUCCAUUUCGAGGACUUUGGUCUCACCAAUGCCAGAAGAAUUUUGGAUCAGUAUCGUCCCCACAUCCCUUGCUUCAACGAUGAUGUGCAGGGAACAGGAUGCGUCACUUUAGCGGCCAUCACGGCUGCUCUACACGUGAGCAAGCAGAAGCUCACUGACCUGCGCCUGGUCAUCUUUGGUGCCGGUUCGGCUGGCGUCGGAAUCGCGGACCAAGUCAGAGACGCCAUUGCCGCUGAAGGGAACAUGAGCAAGGAGGAUGCAUCCAAGCAGAUCUGGUUGAUCGACAAGCCCGGCCUCUUGACUACCGACAGCGAGGUAUCCGCCGCCCAAAAGGGCUUCGCCAAGGACCCUUCAGACUGGAAAGACAAGGACGCGUCUCUCCUCUCGGUCAUCAAGAGCGUCAAGCCCAACGUCCUUAUCGGGACCUCGACGAAGCCCAAGGCCUUUACGGAAGAAAUUGUCCGGGCCAUGGCAGACGGCGUCGAGCGACCCAUCAUCCUCCCGCUCUCCAACCCAACCCGGCUUCACGAGGCCGUGCCCGAGGAUAUCUACAAGUGGACCGACGGCAAGGCUCUCGUCGCGACAGGAUCCCCCUUCAAACCGGUCAAGGGUCCAUGGGGCGAAGGCGGCAAGGAGAUUGAUAUCGAGGUCGCAGAGUGCAAUAACUCGGUCGUCUUCCCUGGCAUCGGUCUCGGCUCCGUGCUCUGCCGCGCUAGCCUGGUGACGGAUAAGAUGCUCGUUGCGGCCGUGGAGGGCGUCGCGUCGCUGAGUCCCGCGCUUAAAGACCAGACGGCGCCGCUGCUUCCUGGUGUAGAUGUCGUCAGGGACGUGAGCGUCAGGGUCGCGCGGGCUGUGAUCAAGGCGGCUGUCAAGGAGGGCGUGGCGACGGAGGAGGGGAUCCCGGAGGGGGACGAGGACCUGGACGAGUGGAUCCGGGAGCAGAUGUGGUCGCCCGAGUACCGCCCGCUCAAGCAUGUUGAGUUUAGUGAGGCGAGUAGGGAGGCCAAGGGGGAGAUGAAGGUUGCUGGGAGCUUUAGCAGAGUUGGGAGCUGGUAGAUGCUGUCGUUUGGUUUCAAAGAAGGCGUGUCCAAGACCGGAGUCUCUUCCGAAUACCGCAAAAGGGCAAAAUACAUGCAACACCGGGCAUUCGCCGGUCGUCUCCGACCCGACUACUACUCCGGCCCUCACUGGUUUAUCGAUGGGAGAGCGGACGGGAUCCCG